UUAAUCGAACGUGGUUGCAGAGCAAAUAGGAUCAUGCCUGAUAAAAAUUAUCAUAAUUAAGAACUUCUGAUUCUUAUCGGCUUCCCGGAAUAUCUGUUCGUCAUCAACAUUUUAAGGAUUGUUGUAUAAUGAUUACGAAAUCACGCUUGGUGAGAAACAGGUGAACAACAUCCUUUUCGCGCACGGAUUUAUCCUUGCUACCUCUAAAUAUAUAUAUAUAUAUAUAUAAUAUAAAACACUUCUCUUGACGAAACGUGAAGAUGGAAUCAACGGAUCUCUCUUUGAAUUCUGAUCAGAAACACGCUGACAUGGAUGUCAAGGAGAAAAAGAACUCGACCGAAAGUGCCACGAACGGAUAUAAGAAAGAAGACGUUAAGGAAAUACAGAUACCUAUGCCAUGGGGUCACAUUAGAGGUAAAUGGUGGGGGUCUAGCGAGCUCCAACCCAUACUGGCGUUACACGGUCGCCAGGAUAAUUCAGGCAGUUUUGACACAUUAAUGCCAUUGCUGUCCGAUGAUGUUUCUGUUCUUUGCUUGGAUAUGCCGGGGCACGGUUUAUCUUCGCACUAUCCGAAAAGUCAAUUCUAUUAUGUCUAUUGGGAUGGUGUUAUAUUCCUUCGUAGAAUUAUUAAACAUUUCAAAUGGAAUAAGGUCAAGCUUCUUGGGCACUCCUUGGGCGGUGCUAUAUCAUUUCUGUACGCAGCAGCAUAUCCAGAUGAAGUCGAGACUCUUAUAAGUUUGGAUAUCGCUAGUCCGAGUGUAAGGGAUAUCAAGAAAACAGCAGUCGCUACUGGAGAAUAUAUCGACAAAUUUUUAAAGUAUGAAUUAUUAACGUUGGACGAAGUACCAUCUUAUGAAUAUGACGAAAUGCUUGAGAUAGUAGAGAAGGCAUACAAUGGUUCUAUAACAAGGGAAGGAGCAGAAAUAUUAAUGAAACGUGGUAUGCAACCGGCAUAUAAAAAGGGAAAAUAUUAUUUUUCUCGUGAUCUGAGAUUAAAGGUUUCCCUUUUAGGCAUGUUGUCUCUAGAUAUAGUACUUGAAUAUGCAUCUCAGAUCAAAUGUUCUUACCUCAACAUUCGUGCUGUUCCUGGAAUGAAAUUUGAACAACCUGAAAAUUAUCAGAAAGUAUUAGACGUAAUAAAAGAAGGAGCUAAAAGAUUUGAGUAUCAUGAAGUGAAAGGCACGCAUCACAUACAUUUGAAUGAGCCUGAAAAAAUUGCGCCUAUAAUCAAGAAUUUUUUAGAAAAUUUAUAAUUUUAUUUAUAAUUAUUAAUGAAUGCAGUUACUUAAAAUCGGAUAUUGUGAAAAAUAGAUAUAUGAAAUUCUUCAACUAAAAUGUACAGAUUAAUCCUUAACCGUACUAGCGGAUACUCCACCAGUGUGAUUAAGGGUUAACGGGACAUUAUAUUUAUGUUUAACACAUGUAUACUUGCACAUGUGUAGUCCUAUUAAAUUUUGCACACAAAAAUUGCUUCAUAACUUAAAAAUAACUGUAUCAAAAGUGAUUAAAUAAUAUUAAUAAGUAGCAAGUUUGAAAAAAAAAACUAUUGAAUCAAUGAACUUGUUCAUAUGUGAAAAUAGGAUGCUUUAACAUAACAAUUAGUGCUGUGAUAAGCGGAGAUCAAGAAAUACAUAUAAAUUAAAAACAAAAAAUAUUGUGUAACAAAUUACAAUUUUUGUCAUUGUCUGGUAUCAUUUAUCUUGUACGUGGUACAAUAAAUUAUUUAAUAUUAA